AUGUCUGAGAUGGCAGAUUUAAGAAUUUCAGUGGAUCAAUACCAGUUCAUCUGUCCAAUUUGUCUGGAUCUCUUGAAGGAACCAGUGACCGUCCCAUGUGGACACAGUUACUGCAUGAGCUGUAUUACAGGCUACUGGGAUCAGGAAGAUCGGAUGGGAAUCUACAGCUGUCCACAGUGCAGAAAGACCUUCUUGCCAAGACCCGCUUUAGGCAAGAAUGUGAUGAUUGCUGAAAUGGUGGAGAAACUUAAGAAGACUGAACCUCGAGAUGCUGUUCUUGCUGGACCUGGAGAUGUGAAGUGUGACGUCUGUACUGGACAGAAAAACAAAGCGGUCAAGUCCUGUCUGGUGUGUCUGAACUCUUACUGUCAAACUCAUUUUGAGGAGUUUCAUUCUGGUGAACGACACAAAGUGAUCGAUGCCACUGGACGACUGAAGGAGAUGAUCUGCCAAAAACACCAUAAGCUUCUAGAGGUUUUCUGUCGCACCGACAAGAAAUGUAUUUGUGUUCUGUGUGUGAUGGAUGAACACAGAAACCAUGAGACUGUAUCAGCUGCAGAAGAAAAGUCUAAGAUGCAGGGUAAAUUGUGGGAGAUGCAGAGAACAUUCGAGCAGAGGAUCCAGCAGAGAAAAAAUGAGCUUCAGGAAGUGAGAGGGAUUGUAGAGUCUCUUAAGCGAUCUGCACAGGCAGCAGUGGAGGACAGUGAGAAGAUCUUCUCUGAUCUCAUUCUGUCCAUUGAGAGAAGCCGCUCUGAGGUGACACAGCUGAUCAGAGCUCAGGAAAGAGCUUCAGUGAGUCGAGCUGAAGAACGACUGGAGCGACUGAAGCAGGAGAUCGCGGAUCUGAGGAGGAAUAAAGCUGAACUGGAGCAGUUCACACACACACAAGCAGAUGACCACAUCAGUUUCCUCCAGAGUUUCCAGUCUCUCUCUCUUGCUGGAUCUUCAAAAUUACCCAAAAUCGACAUCAGUUCUGCCGUCUCUUUUGAUGAAGUUGGGAAAUCUGUCUCUAAACUCAGAGACCAACUAAUUCAGUACUGCAGAGAGGCGAUAGACAACAUAUCUGUGAAACACAACCAGAUCAUUCUGGGCCCUGAAUAUGAGACCAGAGAGGAAUACCUGAGAUGUUUCCGUCAGUUCACUCUGGAUCCAAAAACAACGCACAGCAACUUCAUUCUGUCUGAUGGGAACAAAGCAAUUACUAGUAACGUUCAGCCGUAUCCUGAUCAUCCAGACAGAUUUGAUCGCUGGGUUCAGGUGUUGUGUAGAGAGAGAGUGUCUGGACGCUGUUACUGGGAGGUUGACUGGAGUCAGAGUAAAGAUGCAUGUGUUUCAGUGUCUUAUAAGAGCAUCGGUCGAAAGGGACAGGCUGAUGAGUGUAGAUCUGGAUACGAUGAUCAGUCCUGGAAAUUAUUCUGCUCUCCCUCAAGAUGCCUAUUCACACACGGUAACAAAGUGACUGAACUCCCCGGAGUGUCCAGCUCUAGAAUAGGAGUGUAUGUGGAUCACGGUGCAGGAAUUCUGUCCUUCUACAGCGUCUCUGACACAAUGACCCUCAUUCAUAAAGUCCAGACCACAUUCACUCAACCUCUCUAUCCGGGGAUUUUACUAGGUAAACACACUAAUACAGUGAAAUUGUGUCACCUGAGAGAUUCUGUCAAAUAUAUUCUAAUAUAAGGUCACUGUAUAGUGUAAGAGAACUGAUAAUUUUGCUGAAUAGGUGAAUGAGUCUUAUAUGAAUGAAAUAACAUUUUGUUUUACACCAAGCUUCUGUCUUACCUUAGUCAGAUUAGACGUCAUAUUGAAUUUAACAUGGAUGUAAGAAUGCCACAUGACUGGCAAAUUACCUACAGAUCAUCUUCUUUGAACUUGUUUAAUUUUACUGUCAUAUAUUAUUUCACUAA